CUACUACGUAACACAUAAGAUGAUACUUCUUUAAUAUUAACAUUUUUUAAAAAUAAGUGAUCAAUACAUGUAUUAGAAUGACUACUGAUUCUGGUAGGAUUAUUACAAGCAGAGUAAAAAUUAUUGCUAUAUAAGGCCGGGCGCACACUGAUAGAGCAAAACUGUUCCGAUCUAGUCGAAACAUUUUGUUUCAAACCGCUCCGAACAAAUUUCAUUCAUACUAACAAAACAAAACCGAACAAGACAAAAUAAUUUCCGUUUCAUUUUUUGUUUUACACCAGUCGUCAAGAUGAGCUCUGAUGAAGAUGAUGUUGUUAUACCGCUUUUGUGGCAAUUUUUGUUAAAUAGUGAAAUAAAUGAAAAAAAACGUAAACGUAAAAUUUGGGUGCACGAAAUAAAUAAAAAACGUACAGAGAAUAAUACAAUUUUUAAUUUUUUGGCUGAAUUGCGUAAAGAUGAGUUAAAAUUUAAAAAUUUCACUCGCAUGAGUUCAACUACUUUUGACUUUAUAUUAAAUGAAAUUGGAGAGGCAAUAAGAUCACAAGACACAAAUUUUCGUCAAAGUAUAGCUCCUGCUGAAAAAUUGUUAGUAACCUUGAGGUUCAGAAGAUACUCUUCUCAGCUCUUGUCUGUCAAUUAAACAUGUAGCAUUUGUACCUUCACUUUCAAUUUCACUUACGCUCUCAUUGAGAUUUGGAUUUUCUGUACCUUUCUCAUCAGUUGCCUCACUUUCAUCAUCUGAUGCUUCCAGAUUACUUGAUGUUUGCUUGUGCUGCAACAUGAAACUUGACAAAAACGACAUUUCAUUGAAUAAAUACCACUUUUUUUUUUCUCGAAGCAGCAGAACCAGAUAUUUUUGAUUUUUCUUCACGUAAAGCUCUUGCAAAACUAUUACGAAGACACGCCCACUUAGUUUUACACUCUGCUACUAGAAAAUGUAUAUUUAAUUAAUUAUUGUUUUAUGCAUUUAAAGUUUUGAUAUACUGCAUCAAAAUCUCAAAAAACUUGUAAUCUAUAGAUAUUUUAGACUGAGCGGAGCGAUGAAUGUAUUGGUUUAAAAAAAAAUAUAUAAAUUUAAAUAUCCAAUUUUUAUAA